UAACAAAAUCAAAAACCGAUUACAACUAACAAAAAAUAAUAAUUCACGAUCCCCAAUGCCUUAUCCCCAAUUUAUCUCCAUUACCCAAAAAUAUUAAUUAAUAAUAUUUCAUAACUGUAUAUAAAAUCCUAAACUCAAAUACCUAUCUAUCACUUUUUCACAUUUCACAACUUCUCUCUCUCUCUCCAAAACAUGGUGGCUUCGUCGCAAAAGAUACUCGUAACCGGCGGUGCCGGUUUCAUCGGCACUCACACGGUGGUUCAGCUUCUAAAUAACGGCUUCAACGUUUCCAUCAUUGAUAAUUUCGAUAAUUCUGUUAUGGAAGCAGUGGAGCGCGUCCGUGAAGUUGUUGGUUCUAACCUCUCUCAGAAUCUCGAAUUCACUCUGGGAGAUCUCAGGAAUAAAGAUGAUUUGGAGAAACUCUUCUCAAAAUCUAAAUUUGAUGCUGUGAUUCACUUUGCUGGACUAAAAGCAGUUGGUGAGAGUGUUGAAAAUCCUCGUCGUUAUUUCGAUAAUAAUCUUGUUGGAACUAUCAAUCUCUAUGAAGUUAUGGCUAAGCAUAAUUGUAAAAAGAUGGUUUUCUCGUCAUCUGCAACUGUUUAUGGCCAACCUGAAAAGAUACCCUGCGUGGAGGAUUUCAAGUUACAAGCCAUGAACCCUUAUGGACGGACCAAGCUCUUCCUUGAAGAAAUUGCACGAGAUAUUCAGAAAGCUGAGCCAGAAUGGAGAAUCGUUUUACUGCGGUACUUCAAUCCAGUCGGGGCACAUGAAAGUGGUAAACUUGGUGAAGAUCCCAGAGGCAUCCCAAAUAAUCUCAUGCCUUAUAUACAGCAAGUAGCCGUUGGAAGAUUACCUGAGCUCAAUGUAUAUGGUCAUGAUUAUCCUACAAGGGAUGGCUCUGCGAUACGGGACUAUAUCCAUGUGAUGGACUUAGCAGAUGGUCACAUUGCUGCCCUGAGAAAGCUUUUCACAUCAGAAAACAUUGGUUGUACUGCUUAUAAUUUGGGAACUGGUCGUGGUUCAUCUGUGCUUGAAAUGGUUGCUGCAUUUGAGAAAGCUUCUGGCAAGAAAAUUGCAUUGAAAUUGUGUCCAAGAAGGCCAGGAGAUGCUACAGAGGUUUAUGCAUCCACAGCGAAAGCUGAGAAAGAACUUGGUUGGAAGGCCAAAUAUGGUGUAGAGGAAAUGUGCAGGGACCAGUGGAAUUGGGCAAAGAACAACCCGUGGGGUUACUCAGGAAAGCCUUGAAUCAGCUUGACAAUAAAUAUACUACACAUAUGCCAAUACUUUCUGUACAAAUAGGCCUCCCAUUGUUAAAGAAUACUUGAUGCCUGUUUAGGCAAAUAUUAAUCUGGAGAAUAAAGUUGUCUGCUUUUUCAAAAAUAAGAAAGGGCUAGACAUUCGAUCACGAAGAAAUAAUGAUAUUCUUGUUUACAAAAGAAA